AUGACUGCUUUUAUUCUGCAGGAAUCAGCUACUGUAAAAAAGCCUAAUUGUCUAAAAGCAACAUUCUUUUCGGUGCCAGAGAAUAUGAAGGUAUACAAAUGCCGAACAGAAGCUUUACAGGUUGCUGCUGUUGCAUAUGGGGUUAAUUCGGUGGCCUUACAUGGACCGGAAAAGGACAAGCUAAUGAUAUUAGGUGAAGGGGUGGAUGUAGCAUGCUUGACUGAGGCAUUGAGGAAGAAGCUUUGCCAUGCAAACAUUGAAAUAGUUGAAGUAAAAGAACCAUCACCACCCAAACCACCAGCUCCACCGACACCGCCUCCUCAAAUUAUAUACUGUCAACAACCGCCACAGUUUGAAUGUUGCAGAGUGGUUGCUGAUCCUUCUCCAGCUCCUUGUACUAUUAUGUGAAUCUAAAAUGACACGAUUAAUUAGCAAUUAUAACUUCAAUUACGGUAUGUUUUCUUCGUCGGUUUUAUAUCAAUUUUAGGUACCAAAACAGUAAUCUAUGUUAUCCCAUUCGAUUGAAGUAGAUCUUUAUAUAUUCAAAAGAUUUGUUCUAUGUUUA